AUGCCGGCUUCAUUCUCAUCACGACCGCGGUCGUCGCGCGGCGACUCACGAGGCGACUCACGACCCGUCAGCAGAACAGACGACGACGUCGUCAUCCCGGACCGCACCUCGUCGCUCCAUUCGCGCAUCACACAGCCCCUCGCAUCGCAGCUCACACAACCACGCAAUGGCCAGCGUACGCCAAAGACUCUCACCCAUGCCUACAUGGUAUGUGGUGUUGGCCGCGAGCCCUCGCAAUGGGUCAAGGCACCCCCACCGUCACAGGGAAAGAUCGGACACAUGAAGGGUGCCGUCGGUCAGUUCUGGCUGCCUGAGAUCCUCGGAAGCAGCCCGAGACUGGAGCAGGACAACGACAUUGCCCGCGCCCUUCAUGCUGCCAUGAGGGCAUGUUUCCCUCACGAUGUUGAGAUCUGCACAGGCACCAUGCAGCCUCACUGCGUCCACCACGCCUUUGUCCUCCAGCAAGACUCCUCCCACACUCUGUACGGUAUCGCCCUCCGCGUCUGGUCUCGCGCAGAUGAGAAGCGUGCUGAGACAAUUCGCGAGUUGAGGAAACGCACAGAGUCCGACUACUACGACAACCCUGGCGAGACAUACUGGAUCCCCUACUGCUUGAGUUUCCUUUCUAGAUACCCCCUUUACAACCUUCUCGGCGACUACCUCCGUGGCAUGUGGAUCCACUGGAACAAGGCCACUAACCUCUUCCACGCCGAAGAGGUUUCUCGCAUCCUCAGCUUCCCUGCUCCCAGGCUCAACGACCUGGUCCGUAUUGACAUGAAGGACUACGCUCUCUGUUACCAGUUCCCUUCUUCGCCCACUGGUUUCCAAAACUUCGCCAUGUGGCCUCUGUUCUCGUGUUUGUCCAUUCCCAAUAUCGUCGGUGUUAUUGAAGCCGCCAUCUCGCCCACCAGGAGAAUCAUCUUUGUCAGUCACUAUCCUGCAAUGCUGACCAUGGCCGCUGAGACCAUCCGUUACAUGGUUCGUGUCUACGAAUGGAGCGGUUUGUACGUUCCCAUCGUCCACGCUCGCCAUGCCAAGGAUCUCGUUCAGGAACCUGGUCCGUAUAUCGUUGGUGUCACUGCCGAAUGCCGUACUCUCUUUGCUGCUCCCAAUGAUGCCCUGGUUGUUGACCUGGAUCGCAACUUUGUCCUGACCUCGAGCCCACCGGAUGUCUUGACAGGAGGUCAAAGAACGAAAAUGGUCAACCGUCUUACUCAGGCUCUAAACGGCGAUGUUGCUCCUUCUGGUGUUCCCCAACAUCUUCGUUCGGCUUACGGAGGCGGUAAGCUCAUUCCUGCAGGUCAGAUUAUCGUCAUGCGUGGCGAAGUUGAGAGUGUACAAGAUCCUGGUUGGUGGAAUCAAGAUGCAGUCAUGUCUGUUAUGGAUCACGUCUGCGAGAAGCUGGGACGCAACACUGGCCUUAAGGCGGUCUUUGGCGGUUCCCAGAAAAAACCUCUGAUGACCAAGGUCUCAAUGCGUCAUCUGAACGAGAUCAUCCGUGAGCGUAACCAGUACUCUCGUGAUGCAAGCGAGGCAUGGCAAGAUUUCAUCAACCUCAAGUGCCGCAUGGAUACCGAGGUUGUCAAGGUUACCAAGCGCAACAACAUCCUCGAUGCCGAGCUCGACUCUUGGAAGCAGCAAUUCCUCAAGUUCCAGUCUUUCGCCGAGACACUUACCAAGGAGACCCAGGAGCUCAAGGUCAAGAUCGAAGGCCACAAGCGUGAGAACAGAAGAAUUGCUCAAAUCGCUGAUCAGGCCAAGGAUGAGAUUGCCCGUCUCCAACCCAGACUCAACGGUACGGAAAAGCAGAGAGACGAUGCUUUGGAAGCUCUUGUCUUGCAGCAAGAAAUCGCCGAGGAACUCGAACGCGAACGCAAGCGCAACAAGCAGGAAAUUGCUUCUCUGCAACAGACCAACUCUGCUGUGCUUCGCCAACGCGAUGAGGCACAGCGUGUUGUCCUUCAUCUGCGUGCUCUGAUCGACGGCCAGGCUCACCACAUGGAACACAUUGUGCGAACCAUUGAACUGCCCGAGGAGGUCGAUGAGGCUGCAGCCACUGCUCUUCCCGUAUCGCCUGCGCCUGGCUCCUCCAUGGCAGGAGAUUACACCAGUGCUGGUACUUCGCGUGCCUCAUCGCGCAGCAGCACUCGCAUGUCAGCUCGCGGAGAGGACGCCGCGGCCGAAGCACUUCGCCGCAAUGCCGAUGCCCGUCGCCGUCUGAGCUCUCUCAGCAUGACCGACGUAGCAGACCGCCAACUGCGCGACAAGACCGAUGCCAUCGCCUUUAUCAUCCGCAACAUCAGCGAGCAGUGUGCCGCAGCUGUUGAGGGCCUGAACAUGGCUCAUCGUGCCGAGUCCGUCGCCAACGACCGUAACGGCAACGACGACGACGCCAGUCUUGCGUCUUCCGAGCAUGGCGGCAAGCUCAAGCGCCGCAGCAAGGGCCGCAUCAUGACACGCGCCUCGCUUAGUGACGCUGCCUCCGACAGCAUUCCUCCCACGCCCGAUCUUGUCCACAGUCACAGCGCAAACACACUCAACCGCAGCAGCACAUCCAUGAGCAUGAUCUCCUCCUCUACAGCCGCGACACCCGACAGAGCAAGUGUGCAGAGCCAUUGGCGCAACACCCUGCAAGAAGACAUCCCAGAGUUGCCUGCCAAGAUUGUCAGAGCAGAGUCUGGAGAUUCGGGUGUUGUUGAUGGGUUCGGUCCAGCCUCUGUUGAGGAUGAAGAGCCCGUCAACGCCAAGUACUUGACCAGAGGACUUGAGCAUCGUUUCAACAUGCGUGCCGCCAACUGA